UCUCGAAGGAAAUUGGAUGAGGAAGAGAAGGGAAGCAAGAGGAAAUGGAGGGAGGGGGAAUCACCACGGCAAAGAAAGACUGCCAGAUACGGUGAGAGCAAGAGUAAUUGCGACGGUAAAAGCCACGGAUACGCUCACAAGAAGAGGAAAAGCUCGUCCAGGGAAAAUGCCGAAAGAAGUUCAAGGUGUGAAGGAUCAUCGGGAAACUCAUCUGAGUGGAGCAGAAGUGGAACCAGCAGGUCACACACAGUUUCCUACAGAGUGGCAUCACAUUCAUCACCUGAGAGAGAAAUGAAAAGAAGGAGGACAUCUCGGGAGAGGUGGAAGUCAGGCUCCCCUAGAAGAUGUCCAAGCAUGUCACCGUUGUUGUCAUCACCGUCACCUUCAUCAUCAGAGAUGUCAUCGCCUGUUUUGCAUGCGAAAUCUUCCUCCUCGCUCACGCCUCCAAGAAAUGUGGCAUCAACAUCGACUUCAUCAAGAUCAUUUCUGUCACCACCAACAGUCUCCAUACCUGCAGUAUCACCAGCUACUGUAUCUACAGAUUCUGGAUGUAAUUCAGGGAACAUCUUAAACCCAGACAUCAUGAAACAACUGGAGAGAGCAGAGGAAGACCUGAAGAACAAUCUGGUAUCAGAAUACCAGGUGUUUCAAGAAGUACCAGAAAUACAUCCACAGUUUGAAGAGGUGCAUGACAUGUUUAUGGAAGAGUACAAAGGGAAAUUCGGAGAUGUGGUAGACUCAGAAUUGUGUGAGACAAUUUGGAAAAAGUUUUGGAAGGAAGUUUUGCAAGGGAAACAAGAAUCCGAGUGUCAGGAGAAACUUGAAGUGCUCAGAAAGCAGUACAAGGCUCUUGACCUUGAGAAAAGCAUUACAGAUCCUUCCAAGGAUGGGUGUAAGGCUAGUGAAAAUAGUAGAGCGACUAGUCUUCAGGGGCAAUCAAAUAAUAUCCAUGAUAUUAUAAGUAGUGAGAAGUCCCAAAAGGAUAAGGGAAGUGAUAUUUCUGGUAUGAAUGCAGACUUAGUAAAAUGCUCUUUGUUGGAAGCAUUUACUUUACUGGAGGAACUUUCAGAAUUUCUUGGUAUUUAUGCUCCAGCAAUGAAAAUGUUAAUGGAAGAAGUUGUGAAAUUAGGUGUAAGUUCUAAAGAAGCUUUAGAAGUUUUAAGCACUGAUGAUAAUAACAUAUUGAUUAAAAUGGUGUCUUACAAACUUUUAAGUCUGAGCAAAGCAGUAGAAAGUCCUCUUAGUGAUAAAUUGCUUGAAGGAAGCACUGAAACCUUAAAAUUACUCCAGUAUUCACUAAUGCCACCAGAAGCCAAGAAAUCCUUCAAUGGAGUUGAUAUAGAAGCUGUUGCAAAAUCCUCCCAUGGUAAGGAUGUUUCGUCAACCAUUGAGAUGAUAAAGAAAUCGCUCAAGGAAAGUGGCACUGACAAUUACUCAGCAGAGGAUGUUCACCAGAUUUAUCUAGCUGUGUCUCAUCAGCAGUUUGAAAUGACUUUCUAGAUCAGAAAUAGUUGCUUGUGAUGAAAAAUUACUGAAGGCAGAAUCUGCAGUGAAUAUUAGAAGUGUUUGACAUAUUUCCUUUUCAUUUCUAAUAAAUAAGAUAAAAAUAAUGAAUAUAUUUUUUAUGAUUUCAGGACAAUUUUGGAUGUACGGAUCUUAAUAAAAUUGCUGUACAGAACAUGUUGCAUGUUCUUACCUAAGAGAAAUUAAAAGUUUCCUUUUUA